ACAUAAAAACUACGUUGCAAAAUUUCCUCGAAAAGUGCGAGAAGCAAAACGACCCAAAUGACGCAGCUCGCAUCGAUAAGAUAUUGAGACUCGAUAUGCUAUGCAUCACAGCUCACCUUCUGGUCAUCCUAAAAAAUGAAAAAAAGCGCGAACUACUUCAACAUCAAGCAGGGCCGCAAGCCCAGUCUUUGCUCGAUCUUUUGCAGGAGCUGCUUGAUCACAGUGACGACGUAGAAAUGCGAUCGCCGAUCAUACGUGCAAUUGUUGCUCUGUCCAAGAAUUCAGGUCUCUUCCCUCGAUGCCUGAUUUUGGAGGGCGUCCAUAUCCGAGCAGGAGGUCCGAUUUUUGGUGGAAGUUUUGGAGAUGUAUGGAAAGGCGACAUGGGGAGGGAUGUUAUCGCGAUCAAGGUCAUGCGUCCCAUCGGGAGAAUUGAGAGUGUGAUCAAGGUUUCCUAUCCACCUGUAUGUCCGACACACCGAUUGACUUUGUAAUCCACAGGCAUAUUGCAAGGAAGCCGUGCUGUGGAGGCAACUUUUCAGUGAGCACGUCUUACCAUUCUACGGCGUGUACUGCUGGCCCGAAAGACCGUCCUUCGUGUGCCUCGUGUCGCCAUGGAUGGAAAAUGGAAAUAUCGUUGACUUCCUCAAAAUAUACCCAGACGCAAAUCGACGUUCUCUGGUGAUGGAUGUGGCUCGUGGUCUCA